AUGGCUUCAGAAAUCCCAAAAGGCCGCGCCAAUGUUACUGCUCCGACCCCUCAGAACACUCCUGCCUCCAAUGCGCCAAUAUCCUCUCAUGCGCAGGCCCCUACGAUCGGUGACAUUCAAGAAGAGGAUCUUGACCGCGUCACGGCCGCUUCCAUAUUCGCCAAAAACCCGGCUCUGGUCUCAAUGAUGCAGCAAAAACUUGGCUCUCUCAUCGGCCGACCUUCCGGCUACAUCGAGUCCCUCCCAGAGAACGUCCGUCGUCGUGUUACCGGUCUGAAAGGAAUCCAAAAAGACCACGCAAAGCUAGAGGCCGAAUUUCAAGAAGAAGUCCUCCAACUCGAAAAGAAAUACUUUGCCAAAUUCACCCCCCUGUAUGAAAAACGAUCCGCCAUUGUCAAUGGCGAAGUUGAGCCGACCGAAGGUGAGGUCGAAGCUGGGAAGGCCGAUGAGGAUGAGGAAGAUGAGCCCAACGAGGAGCAAGAUCAGGAGGACAAGGCUGCACAAGAGGAUGUCAAAGGCAUCCCAGAGUUCUGGCUUACUGCCAUCAAGAACCAGAUCUCUCUGGCAGAACUCAUUACCGAUCGCGAUGAGGAGGCUCUUCGCUCCUUGACCGACAUUCGCAUGGAAUACCUUGACCGACCGGGCUUCCGCCUAAUCUUUGAAUUCGCUCCUAACGACUUGUUCACCAACAAGUCUAUCUCCAAGACAUAUUUCUACAGAGAGGAGAGCGGCUAUGGCGGUGAUUUCAUCUACGAUCACGCAGAAGGCGAGAAAAUCGACUGGAAGGCCGGGAAAGAUCUAACUGUUCGCAUUGAGAGCAAGAAACAGAGAAACAAGAACACCAAGCAAACGCGAGUCAUCAAGAAGACUGUCCCUACCGAAUCAUUUUUCAACUUCUUCUCUCCGCCAGUCGCCCCCACUGAUGACGACGAUGUGGCCUCGGACAUCGAGGAACGACUCGAGCUUGAUUAUCAAUUGGGCGAGGACAUCAAAGAGAAGCUAAUUCCUCGUGCCAUCGACUGGUUCACAGGUGAUGCCUUGGCCUUCGAGGAGUUCGAGGACGCGGAAGACGCCGAGUUUGAUGACGAAGACGAUGAAGACGAUGACGACGAGGAAGAGGCAGAAUCCGAUGAGGAUGAUGAGGAAGAGGGUGGCAAGCCCCGAUCCCAACAACAAUCAGAGUGCAAGAACCAGUAG